AUGCAGGAUAAAUCGUUUUCGGACGAACUGUUUCUGGAUGGAGACGACAAGACUAGCUCUUUGCUGCAUUCUCUCCAUGAGAGAACCGCUGGGGUGAAACCCUCGCUGAUUUCAUCUGUGAAUGAAAUCCCGGUUGUGAAGCCUUCCCUGGCGGAAUUCCUUGACCUGCCGAAAUUCAUGGCGUCGAUUGCUUCCUUGGGAAGUUUCUAUGGAGCUGUAAAGAUUCUGCCCCCCGAAGGAUGGAAGAGCAGGAGGUCGUAUGAACAUGUGGACUUCCUGAUCCGCUGCACUGGGUCUCAGUACUCGAGGGAUGUGGGCCUUAACGGCCUCUACGACCUUCACGCGGAAGAGUCGGGGGCGAUGCACCUGUCAGACCUGAAGCAGCUCCUCACGGAAAGUCAAUCUGUGGAUGCCGAGCACUGGAAAGACAACGUGAGAAGGGCCGAGCUGGACUUCUGGAGAGACCUCGGCGUGGAGACUAACGUCAUCUAUGCGGCGAGCUGCUCGCAGAGCACUCUUUUCGAGCCGAUUGCUGGUGCAUGGAACCUGGCUCAAAUGCAGCACAAGCGCGCCUCGACAAACAGUUGGCAGCUCAGUUGCCAGGGCAUCACUGGACUUUCAAUGAACAUGGCGUCCACGGCAAGGGGUUGGAGCGUGGUGGAUGAGAACGUGUGCAGCGUUUCCUACGUUCAUUUUGGAGCUCCACGUUCAGUGUAUGUCGUUCCUGCAUCCUACCGGCAGAAGCUCGAGGAGGUUGCUUGCACGCUCAGAGGCACUCCAAGCGCGGAAGCAAGCCAAGGCUCCAUCCUGUCAAAGUUCGCCAUGCUGAUGGAUCCAGCUGUGCUGCGCAAGCAUGAGAUCCCUCUUCACAAGACCACUCAGAACGCUGGGGAGAUCACUCUCCAUUGGCCGGGCUCUUGCUUCAGCAGCUUUUCUCACGGGGUCAACUGCUGUGAGUCAGCAGAGUCGCCAACCUUUCUCAAGUUCAAGGCGUUGGGGGAGGCAGGCAAGGCUGGGGAACCGGGCAACGCGGUAGCAAGAAAGCCCAAGGACAUCUUCGAGCAACUGUACGCGGACUCGGACGAAUACGAAGACUCUUCGCAGGUUUCAGACUCUGCCGCCGAUGAUACGAGUGUGCACACUAUGUCCAGCAAUGGAAGGAUGGUGCAGCUGGGAAUCCGUCGACGGAGAAAGCGAAAACUCGAGUUUGACGAGGCUGGAAUGGUUUGCGGGCGAAGUGAGGUGCGGGAGAUGAAGAACAAGAAUUGUCACUUCUGCGAGCAUGCACCCAAGAGAUGUUCCAUCUUCACGUGUUCGAGUGCCAACUGUGACCAGAAAUUCUGUGACAAGUGCUGCAAUAUUCAUUUGGAGAAACCGACGAACUUCAAGACUCAGGAGGAGGCGGAGGCUGCGGAGUGGAAAUGUCCUCUCUGUCUCAAGUGA